ACGCUAUCAGUGCGAUACUGCCAGCGGGCUGGAGAAGAUUGUCCUCCUCCAUAAGUCACCUCGAGUGUAUCGUUUUUUUUUUUCGUAUUACUGGCUGAUAAGCAUCACUUUGGUUCGGGGAAGUCCAAUACAUUUCCGUCUGGCACUACGUCUAGUCCAAAACCUUUUCCAUAACAUCCAGGUCCAGCAUCCUCUGCCCCCCACCCCCACACCAUCCACAAUGAGAUUCCAGCAGUUGCUGCAAGUGCGCAGAUUGGCCAGCGCCGGCGCCACCACUCUGAUGCGGCCACGACCCACCACUAGCACCACCAGACCCACCACCGGCGCCACCACCAGCAUGGGCAUAACCACCACUGUGCGCACAAUGGCGGGCAGCGGGGCACCGAUUCCGGAACUCACCCAGAUCACAGACAAUGUGCAACGUGGUAACUAUGCCACUCUAACCGACAAGGAUGUGGCCUUCUUUGAGAAUCUUCUGGGGAAGAACUUUGCUCUCACCGAGGACCUGGAGGGGUACAACAUCUGCUUCCUAAAAAGGAUUCGCGGAAACAGCAAACUGGUUCUGAAACCAGGAACCACCGCCGAGGUGUCCGCCAUCCUGAAGUACUGCAACGAGAGGAAGCUGGCGGUGGUGCCGCAGGGUGGCAAUACCGGAUUGGUGGGAGGAUCUGUGCCCAUCUGUGACGAGAUUGUCCUCUCCCUGGCCCGCUUGAACAAGGUGCUGUCCGUGGACGAGGUGACCGGCAUUGCCGUGGUGGAGGCGGGCUGCAUCCUGGAGAACUUCGACCAGAAGGCCCGGGAUGUGGGCCUGACGGUGCCUUUGGACUUGGGUGCCAAGGCCAGUUGCCACAUUGGCGGCAAUGUUUCCACAAAUGCCGGUGGCGUUCGUGUGGUGCGAUAUGGUAACCUGCAUGGCUCCGUUUUGGGUGUGGAGGCGGUUCUGGCCAAUGGACAGGUCCUGGAUCUAAUGUCCAACUUCAAGAAGGACAACACCGGCUAUCACAUGAAGCAUCUGUUCAUCGGCUCCGAGGGCACACUGGGCGUGGUCACCAAGCUAUCGAUGCUCUGUCCCCAUUCCUCCAAGGCCGUCAAUGUGGCCUUCAUCGGCCUGAACUCCUUCGACGACGUCCUGAAGACCUUUGUCAGUGCCAAGAGGAAUCUCGGAGAGAUUCUCAGCUCCUGUGAACUGAUCGACGAGAGGGCUCUCAACACAGCCCUGGAACAGUUCAAGUUUCUCAAUUCCCCCAUUUCGGGCUACCCCUUCUACAUGCUGAUCGAAACCUCCGGCAGCAAUGGCGACCACGACGAGGACAAGAUCAACCAGUUCAUCGGCACCGGAAUGGAACGUGGCGAGAUCCAGGACGGCACUGUCACCGGGGAUCCCGGCAAGGUGCAGGAGAUCUGGAAGAUCCGUGAAAUGGUGCCCCUGGGCCUCAUCGAGAAGAGUUUCUGCUUCAAGUACGACAUCUCGUUGCCGCUGCGUGACUUCUACAAUAUCGUUGAUGUGAUGCGGGAGCGUUGCGGUAGCCUGGCUACAGUGGUCUGUGGAUAUGGUCACCUGGGUGACUCCAAUCUGCAUCUGAAUGUGUCCUGUGACGAGUUCAACGAUGCCAUCUACAAGCGAGUGGAGCCCUUCGUCUACGAGUACACCUCCAAGCUGAAGGGAAGUAUCAGUGCCGAGCACGGUAUCGGUUUCCUUAAGAAGGACUAUCUGCAUUACUCCAAGGACCCAGUGGCCAUUGGCUGGAUGCGUGACAUGAAAAAGCUUUUGGAUCCCAACGGUAUCCUUAACCCUUACAAGGUUCUCAACUAAAACGGCAGCCAUAAAUAGAUAAGCUCAGUGUUUUUGUGAAUAUAAAUAUAUAAUCUUUUUUUUUUUAAUAGUAAAUAAUAAAGUAAUUGAAAAAUUCAAAGAAA